UCUCAUAUUUUUUUUGUAUUUGUUUCUAGGUUAAAGUGAAAAUACCUUUUGGAAACAAAUAUCUGGAUGCUAUUUUUUCUGUCCCAGCAAAGACAUUGACACGUGGACUGAUUCUUACCCAUGGAGCGGGAGGAGAUAUGAAUUUGCCUCAGCUGGUUUCUCUGGCAGGCUAUCUUGCAUCCCGUGGAGUUCUGUGUCUGCGGUUUACUUGCAAAGGCCUUAACGUUGCGUAUAGGGCUAGAGCAUACAAAACAGUUGUGGAAUAUUUAAAGCUCUCUGACAAUUAUAAACUUUCAGGUGUCUUCCUUGCAGGCCGUUCCAUGGGUUCACGAGCUGCUGCCUCAGUGAUACGUCAGCUUAGCCAGGAUGGUGAUGAUGACUUCAUUCAAGGAUUAGUGUGUUUAUCGUACCCACUGCAUCGACCAAAACUUCACUCCAAGCUCCGGGAUGAGGAUUUAUUAUUUAUCAGGUGUCCAGUGCUGUUUGUUUCAGGAUCAGCAGAUGAGAUGUGUGAAAAGCAAUUAUUAGAAGAUGUGGUGAGCAAAAUGAAAGCCCCUAAAAAAAUCCAUUGGAUUGAUAAAGCAAACCAUGGGAUGGCAGUUAAAGGACGAACAGCAGACGAUAUCAUGGAAGAAAUAAACACACAGGUUUUCUCCUGGCUCACAGAAAACAUUGAACUGGAGCACAAAUGAUUA